UCUCAUCUGACCUGGAGAAUGUUGCUGGGUACGGGAAAGUCUGGAAUGGCCCUGCUGUCCCUGUGACCCAACCUCGGGUAAAAGUAAAAACAUGGCUCUACUGCAAAUCUCUACUGUGCUGUUGUUUUUAUCUUUGUCAUCAUAUUCAGAGACGCUUGCAGGGCGGAUCAUUGGGGGUCAGGAGGUGUGGCCGAACUCUAUCAAAUAUCAAGCAUCUUUGCAGACUGAGAAUGGGAAGCACUACUGUGGAGGAACCCUUGUGCAUGCACAGUGGGUGGUGUCUGCUGCCCACUGCUGGAGACCGAGCCCUAAGAUGAAGGUGGUGUUAGGUGAACACAACAUGAAUAUAGAAGAAGGAUAUGAACAGAUCUUCAAUGUCUCAAGAAUAUACGUCCACAACUAUAACUACAAGACAUUCAACAACGACAUCAUGCUGAUUAAGCUGAGCAGGCCGGCAGUACUGAAUGCCAAAGUCCAGCCAGUCCAGUUACCUGAUCAGUACACCCCUCCGAUACGUGGCAUGUGCAGAGUGAGCGGCUGGGGUGUGACGCGGGUUUACUCUUACUACCUCUCCCCUGUGCUACGUGCUGUGGACGUGAGCGAAAUUCCUAACUGUUACUGGUACUACUGGGGCAGGAUCACUCCAAAUAUGCUGUGUGCUGGAUCUCGAUACGGUGGCAAAGAUUCCUGCCAGGGCGACUCCGGUGGUCCCCUUGUCUGCAGUGGCUACUUUGAAGGCAUUGUCUCCUGGGGCAUCGGCUGCGCAAAUGCAUACUUCCCUGGCGUCUACACCAAAAUGAGGAACUACGUAGACUGGAUCAAUGGCAUUGUGAACGAAACACCGUGAACAGGCACUUUUUUACUUCAGAAACAAAGUGCUUGUUUGACAUGAUUUUUCAGUGGCCUUGUUUAAAAAUUAUUACUACCUUUGUGUUUUUAUAGCACUGAAUGUAACUUUACAUAUUGACCACAAUUGCAAGUUAUAAUAACGAGGUUUAGUCAUUUUUAAAAACAAGGUUUCCUGGAUAAAUGUUACUAUGCUUAUUAUUCAUUGAUUUUCAUUCAUACAGAAAUAAAUGUUAUUGUUGUUAUUAUUA